AUGCGCAUCAUCACUCCCGAGAACCUGCACUAUCCCAUCACCGUCACGAGGCUUCUCCGGAACCCUCAAGACCAGAUCGACUACAAUGCUCCUCUGUUCACCUACCAGUACAAGACCAAAGUCCUCGAGGGUGAUGAAGAGACGCGCGAGAACAAGCUGGUCGACCGCAUCAUGCCCUCGACCUUUGAGAGCUCUGCAGAAGGCACCUUGACCGAAUGGCACGUCUCCCAAGGACGCGUUAUCAGCAGGCCUGGCGUGCCCAUCGCCGACGUCGAAGAAGCCUGCAAACACGAGGUGCAGUUCGGAAAUCUAUGCGCCGACUGCGGCAAGGACAUGACUACCGUCACUUACAACACCGCCACACGCGACACGGCCAGAGCUACUGUCAAUGCCGUCCACGGCCACACCUCGCUACUCGUCUCGCGCGCAGAGGCUUCCAAAUCAGACGAAGAAGCAAAGCGCCGCCUGCUGUCAUCGCGCAAGCUCUCCCUUGUCGUCGAUCUCGACCAGACCAUCAUCCAGGCUACCGUCGACCCUACCGUCGCCGAAUGGCAGAGAGACCCCCAGAACCCAAACUACCCCGCUGUCAAGGACGUUCGCGCUUUCCAGCUCGUAGACGACGGUCCUGGUGCAAGAGCUUGCUGGUACUACAUCAAGUUGCGUCCUGGUCUCGAAGAAUUCUUGUCUACCAUCUCAAAGUACUAUGAAUUGCACAUUUACACGAUGGGUACUCGUACUUAUGCUCAGAACAUUGCCAAAAUCGUCGAUCCUGACCGCAAGAUCUUCGCCGAUCGUAUUCUCAGCAGAGACGAAAGCGGAAGUUUGACUGUCAAGAAUCUUAAGCGUCUGUUUCCCGUCGACACCAAGAUGGUUGUCAUCAUCGACGACAGAGGCGAUGUUUGGCACUGGUGCCACAACCUCGUAAAGGUCACUCCUUACGAUUUCUUUGUCGGCAUUGGCGAUAUCAACUCCAGUUUCCUUCCCAAGAGGCCAGGCUUGGACCCGAGCCCUUCAAAAUCCAUCACUCCUAGUGCACCCACUUCAGCACCUGACGCGCAAACAAACCCGCUCACCGACACGACCGGAAAUAAGGUCUCUGCCAUUGAUCAAUUAGUGUCAAUGGGUGGUGGCAACGAUCCGACCAAGCUUAAGGAGCAGACAUCUGAGCAGGGAGAAGCUAUAACAGCCCAACUCACUGACCGCCCUCUGCUGCAGAAGCAGAAAAUCCUAGAUGCUGCAGACGACGACAGCAAUGGCGCAACCGAAGCAACAUCCGAAAAUGAUGCAGCUUCCGCACCUGAGGCACCCGUCGAUACCCACAACAAAUACCGUCAUAAUCUCCUACAAGACAACGACACUGAGCUCCGCUACCUUCAGCGCAGUCUUCAAUCGGUACACUCGGCCUUCUUCGAAGAGUAUGACAGGAGGACUUCUGGCCCCAAAGACGGCCGUGUUGCCGAAUUGCGUACUGGUCGCGAUGUCAACAUCACAUCAGACAAACUCGACAGUCUUCCGGACGUCACGAGCAUCAUGGCUGCCAUGAAGUUGAAGGUCCUUAAAGGUGUACAUGUAGUGUUCUCCGGAGUGAUGCCGUUAGGAGUUCAGGUUCAAAACCAUGAUUUUGCCAUCUGGGCCAAGAGCUUCGGAGCGACGGUGUCUGAGAAUAUUACCAAACGUACUACACAUGUGGUAUCCUCGCCAUUGCGCAAGACUGCCAAAGUCCGACAAGCCGCCAAAAAGGCCGACAAAAUCAAGAUCGUGUCUCAGGAUUGGCUGUUUGCCUGUUUGACGCAAUGGCGAAAGGUGGACGAAACUCCUUUCCGCCUACACGCUGAUCUAGAGAACGAGCCUAUUGAUCCAGCCACUAACGGCCAAGGCUCGCCGUUCGACGGUCCGGACCAGAAUACCCCGCUGUCUUCAUCUGAUGAGGAGGCCGCCGUUACCGAAGACGAAGACGCUGCUGAGACGGACGGUACUGGUAACGAUACCGAUGCCCAAGAGCAGGCCGAACUCGAGCGUUACAUGCCCAGUUUACCACGCGAAGCAAGCUCUAUGGAAACCUCUGCUGACAUUGCCGACUGGGAUGCCGAGCUUGCGGAUUUCUUGGGCGACGAGGUCGACAGCGAAAGCGAUGCAGGCACCAAUCAUUCGGACACUGAUGACACCGAUUCCGUGCCCUCUAGUGACAAGAAGAGAAAGAGAGGCGAGGAGGGCCAGUCUACAGAUGACGAGAGCGACUCAAGUCAGAUUGGCACUAGCAGACUCGAACGUAGAAAGCGGAAGGCACUUGCCAGAACGACGAGUCUUGCUAGCGUCUCCGCAGUCGAUGAUGCUCAGAGGACCAAGGCUGAGGCUCAGACCAGCGCUCCGCAGCAAGACACUCCCGCGGGCACCAAGAACGACACUGUCGACGAUGAGGACGAUCUGGACCUUGAAGCUCAGAUGGAGGCAGAAAUGCUGAGACAAGCCGAGGAAGAGGGAUACGCAUGA